UUCACUUCCAUAUAUUCGGACAGCCAGAUAGGCAGCCGCGUAUACGAACAUACUACUUGGUGGGUACUUAUCUUAUGGAAUUUUAUUUAUCGUUGCGAAUUAAAUAUCGUCUCUUCGAGUGGUGAGUUGCGUGUACUCCCGAAGAGAGUGAUAGCACCGUGGCUGUGGAAGAGAAACAAUGGGAAGCAAGGGAAUGACGCCGAACGCCGUACUUCUGCAGAGUAAGGGAUUGUAUGAGUAUAUAUUGGACACAGCAGUGUAUCCACGCGAAGCAGAGCCACUCAAAGAGCUGAGGAAUGCCACUGCAAGUCACCCGCUGGCAUUCUUUGGGACAACACCUGACGUGGGACAGCUGAUGGGAAUGCUACUGAAACUCGUGAACGCAAAGAAGACGAUUGAGCUUGGCGUUUUCACGGGAUACUCUCUUCUGCUCACCGCGCUCAACAUUCCUAAUGAUGGCCGCGUCAUGGCAAUAGAUCCUGAUAGAGAGGCAUUUGAGAUUGGGUUUCCUAUCAUGCAAAAAGCCGGUGUUGCUCACAAGAUCGACUUCAUAGAAGCUGAAGCUUUGCCAGUUCUUGACAAGCUCCUGGAAGAUAAAGAGAAUGAGGGCAGUUUCGACUUUGCGUUCAUGGACGCCGAUAAGAACAACUACCUGAACUACCACGAGAGACUGAUGAAGUUGGUGAAGGUCGGAGGCAUCAUCAUUUACGAUAAUACACUCUGGGGAGGCACAGUAGCAUUGCCCGAGAAUGCAGUGCCCGAGGGGGGCAAGAGGUUGUGGAGGAACUCCUCGAUUGAGUUCAAUAGAAAGGUGGUCGGAGACCAGCGGGCCGAAAUCUCUCUAGCGCCUCUUGGGGAUGGGAUCAUGAUCUGCAGGCGAAUGUUCUAAAGCUUUCAGCAUAAAACUUCCAGAAAAAUAAUGUACUACCCUUUUUUCCUGGUAGAAAUGUACUACAUAACGAAUAAUGCCCUUAUAAAAGGGAGACGGGUCGGUAUGACUCUUUCUAAGCCCCCAUUCCACCUGAAGUGUCUAUUAGAGGAAUUAUUUGUGUGGGCUACGGUAUCAGUUUGCUGUACUAGAUGCCAGCCCUCAUUCGGGUAAUGGUUAUUGUACCAAUAAGUUUCUUGCGAAGGAGUGGUUCACUUUUAAAUUUGAGAUCAUGCUGCUAUGAUACUCUUAAGAUAAGUUUGAUGGGCGCCAAUACCCUGUUUACGCGGACCAAGGAGCGAGGACAAAGUCAGGAUCUGUUGAUUGGAGCUCCACUCAAGGAACUGAAGGUGGAUAACAAGGCUUAGAAGCCCACUUUUGGCAUUUGGGAACAGCGAAAAAGAAGGAUUAGAGGAAGAUUUUUCCAAGAGGGAAUCAAAGAUUUGAGAUAUUUUCGUCCGGAAAUUGUUGAAGGAGUGGUUGUAAAUGGGAUGGUUGUGUGAUGGGCCGAUUUCUUGGUGGCGCACCAGAAUUCGGGAUGGUCGUUUUAAUCACCUAGGCAAUCUAUUUGUUUUCCAGGUCCCUAAUCCAAUUUGGCUGAAGUUGGGAGGCAUUCCAUUACAAUACUUCUCUUCCAAUGGUAUCAGCUAUAUUGCGGGUAUGGUAGGCCAUCAACUGAGCAUGGACUGGGCAACAGCCCGAAGGAAUCAAUUAUGCCAAGGUAUACAAUUAUGUUUAGGGCAUUGAAUUUACAUUAUGUAUUUUAGAUAUUGCUACUUAUGAAUACUGUCUUUGGCUCUC